AUGGAUUCUCUUUCUUGCUCUUCGACAAAGAUGAACAACAACAACAACAACAACAAGGUCUCUGUCAGAAACAAAACUCGUUUCAAGAACACCAAUUUGAUCACAAGACAAAAGACCAUUCUCAAGAAGGCUUUAGAGCUCUCCGUUCUAUGCGACAAUGAAAUCUGUGUCAUCCAUUACGAUCUUGAAGGAAAUCUCGUCGAAACUUAUCCUGAAGAACAGAGCAAUGUUAAGGACAUUCUCGAGAGGUAUAACAGUUUAAGCGACAGAGAAAAAAUCAAGAAAAGCACGAAUCUUUCUCAGUUCUGUAACAAGAAACUCAUUGACGAGAAGAAAAGAUCUCUUACUAACGCAGAGGAACACAACAAGUUCACAAAGAAAGUUGGAGAGUUCGAGGGUUCCUUGGUCGAUCAGUUUCAUAUAUUACAAGACAGGUUUCGUGAUCUUCAUCAGACCACAGCCGAGCGUGAUCAGAGCUCUUUUCUUGAUGUUAGGUCUGUAAAAGAUCACAACUUUCCGGCGUCUUCUGGCUUCACCCUCGCCAAUGACUUGUCUUCUUCACUAAUCGAGGAGAAUCCAUUGAUGAAUUUUAAACUGUACGAUCUUGAUCAACAACAACAAGAGACAGGAUCGAAACAGAGUUGGGAAGUUGAGUAA